AUGCUGCGGAAACUCACCGAGGGCCAGGGCCGGGACUGGUUCACCGUCGGCGGGGCCGUCACUGCCGUCGAGCUCCUGGGCGAGGAAGCGCGGGUCGGCCGCCCUGGCGCUUCUCCCCGCCAUCCCACACAGCAGCCACUGACGGGACUACCUAUCUCAGAGAACAUUGGAACUGAAUAUGCUAAAAAAUACAGACAAACGGAAGAACAAGAGCUGAAUGUAGCUGGAAAUUGUCAGCUUGUCUAUAAACCAGGUACUUCAUUGUCUCAGUGUGAACCAAGUGAUUCAAUUUCUGUACCAAUAAGUAAGUGUAAAUAUUUGGAUAUGCCUACAGCCAAACACAGGGAAAAGAUAGUGUCUCUCAUACAAAACAACUCAGUUGUGGUUGUGGAAGGAGCAACUGGCAGUGGAAAGAGCACCCAGAUUCCCCAGUAUAUUUUGGAUUAUUGCAUGAGCCGGUCUCUGCCCUGCAACAUUGCUGUGACCCAGCCUCGGAAAAUCAGCGCCAGCAGCCUUGCCAGGUGGAUUAGCAAGGAAAGGUCAUGGAGGCUUGGUGGAGUUGUAGGAUACCAGUUAAGUUUAGAGAACGUUUCGACAAAGGAGACAAGGUUGCUGUACAUGACAACUGGAGUUCUUCUUCAGAAAAUCGUUUCUGCCAAGAGCCUAACUCCGUUCACACACAUUUUCAUUGAUGAAGUGCAUGAGCGUACAGAAGAAAUUGAUUUCUUGCUCUUGGUGACCCGUAAACUGUUGUGUACAAAUUCACAGUCUGUAAAGAUAAUAUUGAUGUCUGCUUCUAUCAACUCUAAAGAAUUAGCUGAUUACUUUGCACUUCCACUUCAUAAUGGCUUGAAUCCAGUCUGCAUAUUUAAGGUGGAAGGCAGACCUUUUGCAGUUGAAGAAUACUAUCUUGAUGAUUUGAAGGACAUUUUUGAUUUACAGUUUCAUCGUGAGAGCCUUGGGGAUCCAGUGAUGGAACCGAAAAUGUACCAAGUGGCAAUGUCUCUGAUUCAGUCAUUUGAUGAGUUGGAAAAGAGCAAUAGGGAGAAAAAGAGCUGGAGUGGCACAUUGGAACGUGGCAGCGUGCUUGUGUUUUUGCCAGGUUUAGGUGAAAUAAGAUACAUGCACUCAUGCCUCUCAGAUAAAUAUCAAAGGUGGCAAGUCUACCCACUUCAUGCAUGUGCAACAUUGGAGGAACAAAGUAAAGUAUUUUCAGCUACAGUUCCUGGCUACAGAAAAGUUAUUCUAGCUACCAAUGUAGCUGAGAGCUCUGUAACAGUUCCUGAUGUUAAGUAUGUGAUAGAUUUCUGCUUAACUAAAAUUUUGUUUUGCGAUAAGGAAACUAAUUACCAAAAUUUGAGGCUUUGCUGGGCAUCUAAGACAAACUGUAAUCAAAGAAAAGGUCGUGCUGGACGUGUUUCCAAAGGCUAUUGUUACAGGCUCAUACGCAAGGACUUCUGGGCAGACUGUAUUCCAGAGAAGUCAGAACCUGAGAUGCUGCAUUGUCCAUUAGGAUCUACAGUCUUAAAAUUAAAGAAGCUUGAUAUGGGGGAACCAAAAGCCUUGCUGGCAACAGCUCUUUCUCCACCCAGUGUAGCUGACAUUGAACGUACAAUACUUCAGCUGAAAGAGCUUGGAGCACUUACAACCUCUGUGCGAACAGAAGAUGAUCUGCAUGAUGGUGAGCUGACUUUCUUAGGAACGAUAUUGACACAGUUGCCAGUGGACCUGCAUCUUGGAAAACUGAUAGUCCUUGGGCAUGUCUUUGGUUGCUUAGAGGAAUGCCUCAUUAUAGCUGCAACACUGUCUUCGCGGAAUUUUUUUGCAGUACCUUUCAAAAAGCAUGUUGAUGCAUACAGGAAAAAAAUGUUUUUUGCUGGGAAUAGUAGGAGUGACUGUAUUGCAAUUCUGAAUGCAUUUAGGGCAUGGCAGGCCUUCAAAGAAAAAGGGAAGCUGAGAAAUCCCAAGGAAGAGCUUGAGUGGGGUCGAUCUAAUUGUGUUCAUAUAAACAAGAUCAAAGAGGUGGCAGAGUUAUUUCACAACUUGAAAAGGAGAGUCAGUGCGUUUAACAUGCAUGUUAAAGCUCAGCCAUCUCCUGUGGACCAGGAAUAUGUGUGCAAACAACGCUUCAUCUUGCAGGUGGUAAUAGCUGGUGCUUUCUAUCCGAACUACUGUACUUUUGGAAAAUAUAAUGAAGAAAUUGCCAUGAAAGACCUUGCUGGCAAGGAUCCAAAAACCACUGUAAUGCUGAAGAACAUUCCUCCCUAUGGAUAUAUAUACCAUAAACAGUUGCAGUCAAUGCUUAGACAGUGUGGGCAGGUAAAAUCUAUUUCAUACAAUGGAUCAAGGGCUUUUGUGGAGUUCUCCCGUAAUCCAAAGGAGGUUUUUAAGGUUCUUCCUGAAGUGUACCUGGCAGUCAAGAUGUCACAGCUGAAGAUUCCUUUUGAGCUGUGUGUUCAUCAUCCAGAGGAUAUCAGAAGACAAGUGCAAGGUGCAGGAGCUGCAGGUUUGGAAUUUCUAAGAGUAAAUGUGGAUUGUCAGAAGCAGACAGUGGAGCCUGUGAAAAUCUUAUUUGGUGAUUUGCAAAUGUCAAAGAUGAUCCCAAGUCGUUUUCUGUCCAUCAGGGUAACGGAGGUAGUAGAAGUUGGACACUUCUGGGGUUACAGGACAGAUGAAAAAAACACAGCCGUACUCCGGGCUCUAGGUGCUGAGAUUGACUAUCAGAACCUGAUGGAUUUAGCAGUGCCUCCCUGUGUAGAUGUGCUUUGUCUGGCACCAUUCACUUAUCUGGGAAAGAGAGGAUACUACAGAGCUCACGUUCUGUAUGUUCAUGGGGAUCUUGCUGAGGUUUUUUUUGUGGAUUAUGGCAAUAGAUCAGAAGUGCCGUUAAAUAAACUAAAAGAGAUUCCAAGGUGUCUUCAGGGCCUUCCUUUCCAGGCUUUAGAGUUCAAGAUCUGCAAGAUGUGUCCCUCUGCCAGAUCCCUGGUGUGUGGGGAGCCGUGGAGCUGCAGUGCCAGCCAGAGAUUUGCCUCUCUGGUCAGCGGCUGCACUCUGCUGGUGGAGGUUUAUUCCCUCGUGCACGGCGUGCUGCACGUGGACGUGUUCCGGCACUCGGGCCGCAGGGGCCUGGUGAACAUUCGGGACGUGCUCAUCGAGGAGUGUCACGCUGACCUGGCAGAGGAGUCACACGAGUCACAGCAAAGCCAUGAUUUGCUCAAGGAAUUAUUUUUGGAUGGAGCAAAGAAGGAAGAGCAGAUGCCUGUAUCUGCAAGACAGGAAGAAAAGUGUCUCAUUGAAAAAUUGUUGAACUCCUUUUCUGAAAAGAAAUCUGAUGCACCAACCCAUAAGGUAACAGUUUGUGGUCCGUUCAGUCCUUACCAGUUGAAAUGCUACAGUCUGACCAAAAUAUCCCAAUUCAGAAAUGUUUUCAUACAUAAGGACAGCAUAAACUCCAUUGUUGUCCAUGAUGGUGCAGAAGAUCCCUUUCAGCAGCUCUUGGUCGCCACUGAUGUAUCAGUAACUGCAGCUGGGUGUGUGAUUUUAGGUGAAACAUCUUUGAUGCCUCCCAUUCAUGGCCUGCUUGCACUCCUCAGUAUGCUGUUUGCUCCUGCAAUAGAACUCAGAGUUGAUAAAAGUGGGAAGUAUUUUACUGGUGUUCUGUGUGGUUUGGGUUGGAAUCAGACAUCUGGGGCUCCGCUGUUUCCAGCAAAUGAUAUGGAGGUGACAUUUGAUGUGCAUUUUGGACUGGAGGACAUAACAGAGAUAAACAGUCUGAGGACAGCCAUGAAUAAGCUGCUCUGUGAGCAAGCACUGCAUUCUGGGCAAGAGCAAGUGGCACAGCUGCAGGAGGAUAUUCGUCAGAAGCUUCUAUGUUUAAUCUGCAAAUCAAAGCCUCGAGACAUAAUUGAUCCUAUCUGGUAUGAGAAGCCAUAUGCAUGGAAUCAGGUGGAUUCUCAGUGCAUUAUUGACGAGUCUGAAAAGCAGCAUGGAAGAGGAAAUCUUGUUUAUCAGCUCCACAAGCUUGUUUUGUUGAAUGAUUAA